AUGUCCGAGAACAAUCCCUCCCCCGACUACUCCCGCCCGCAAUUCCCGUCCCAUAAGGGACCUCGAGUAUGGGUGAUCACCGCGGGGGAUUCGCCCAUUGGCAUUUCGGUUGCGCGACAGAUACUCAUACAUGGCGACUGUGCUUUGGUCGGUCUUGCAUACUCAACUCUUGAUCGUGAUGAGGUCCGCCGGGACAUGUUUGAAGCCUUUUUGGCUGAGAUCGAGAGUCACCGCGACGAUGGAUGGGUGGAUAGAUUCAAGGCUGUUCCGUUGGAUAUAAGAAUAGUGGGUGAAUGUCAAGCAGUAGUUGCGGAAGCCGUUGCGACGUUCGGGAGAAUGGACAUUCUGCUCUGCUGUACCAGUCAAGCUCUCAUUGGUACAGUGGAAGAGCUUGCAGCUUCUCAGCAGACACUGAAUCUUGUCCGAGACCAGUUCGAAAUCAAUUACUUCGGUCCACUCAAUAUCAUAAAGGCAUCGCUGCCUCAUAUGCGGAGACAGAAGUCGGGACACGUCAUGAUCGUGUCUGGAAUCACUGCUCACAUCGGCACUCCCGGGCUCGGGAUGUAUUGCGCUGCAGGGUGGGCGCUUGAAGGGUUCUGCGAUAGCCUCGCCUACGAAAUCGCUCCCUUCAACAUAAAACUCACCAUUUUCCAAUGCAGCAUCGAGAUCCCCAUUCUAACCAACCUCGUCACAAGUGUCCCGCCCAUAGUGCCAGCCUACUCGCCAGGAAUCAACCCCGCGCCUCUCUUCCGAGGAAUUCUCAACCGCCUCGUACCCCGAUUGCCAAACACGCAGAAUAAUAGUAACUGGGCAAAUGGGUCCGAGAACCCGAAUCCAAACCAGAAUCCGACUUCAGGUCAGCCCACAUCUACACCCACGUCCGCUGAAGACGGCCCCUUCUCAGUGCCAGAUCUCAUAUCUACCUAUCCGCCGCUUAGUUCCGCACACAUGGAAGUGCUGGUUACUGAGGCCGUUUACGCGAUUACGGCGAUUGGGGGCCAUGAGAACCCGCCGUCAAGGCAUAUUGUUGGGCAAGAGGGUGUUGCGAGUGUCAAAGAGAAGCUAAAGACUGUUAGUGAGGAGCUGGAGGAUUUUAUCCAGUGUAGUUUUGCGGUUGAUUAUGCCGCGGACGCGGAGCAGAGCCGGGCUGCGAGGGAAGAGAAUAUGGCCUUUGGCACUAAUAAUGAUCCAUUCUGA